UCGAAUGCGCUGGUGAGCUGGUUAAAAAGUUCGCAACGCAGGCGCGGUGGCCGGUAAAAAGGCGGGAAUUUUUGUCGAACUACAUGAAUAUUUUUAAUCUGUAUUGUGAAUUUUUAAAUUAGGAAUACAAUUUUUAUGGAAUAUUGGAGGAUGGAAUACAGCUUUUAGUGAAGUUUAGUGAUAUUUAUUUAUUAAAAUAAAUUAUUUAUUGGUGUUUAAUAGUCAAAAUAGAAUUCAAAGCUCGAGAAUGAAGUUGAAGUUACCGAGUCCGAAGAGAUUGGUUUGCAGCGCAUUUCCUAUACUGCGGUGGUCAAGGACUUACGACACAAGUUCAGCGGUAGGAGACUUAAUAGCCGGUGUUACAGUCGCCCUGACAUUGGUACCGCAGUCGAUUGCGUACGCAUCGCUUGCUGGAUUCGAACCGCAGUAUGGCCUCUACUCAUCGUUCAUGGGGCCGUUCGUGUACGCUAUUAUGGGUACAAGUCCUCAGGUGAACCUGGGACCUUCAGCGUUAUUAUCACUUCUUACAUUUACGUACACAAACGGUACAAAUUCCGACUUCGCCAUACUUCUGUGUUUCAUGGCUGGUGUUGUCCAGCUUAUAGCAGGAAUAGCGCAACUUGGUUUUCUGGUGGAGUUUAUAUCUCUGCCAGUAGUAUCAGGGUUUACGUCAGCCGCAGCAUUGACGAUCGCAUCAUCGCAAGUCAAGGGACUCCUAGGUCUUCGGUACAAUGCUGACACAUUCGUCACCACGUGGAAGAGCUUUUUCCAACACGUCGGCGAGACGAGGUUAUCUGACAGCAUGCUUAGCUUGGGAUGCAUCAUAGUGCUCACAGUAAUGAAGGCGCUGAAAGACAUCAAAAUAAAGGACAAGGCGGCAGACGAAAAGGGUUGCCGUAAAGCGAAAGUGCUGAAAAAGUUGUUGUGGUUUGGCGGAGUGUCAAGGAAUGCUGUGGUCGUGUGCCUGGCGUCACUCAUAGCUUACUUCGUUUAUGAAGAUAAAUACAACCCCUUCCUGCUUACUGGUACCAUAACGCCAGGUCUGCCGCAGGUUCAGCCGCCAGCGUUCCAGACGACAGUCGGCAACACUACGUACACCGCUGGUGAAAUGUUGUCACACCUCGGCUCAGGAUUGGCUGUUGUACCCAUCGUCGCUAUAUUGUCUAACGUUGCUAUUGCUAAAGCAUUUGCUAAGGGGAAAACUGUGGACGCGACACAAGAAAUUGUGGCUUUGGGCGUUUGCAACAUAGUAAGCGCUUUCUUCCGUUCAAUACCCGUGAACGGCUCGUUUUCCCGAAGCGCUGUAAGCGACGCCUCCGGAGUCAAGACACCUGGCUCAGGAAUAUACACGGGUAUAAUAGUGAUACUGACGCUGGCGUUGCUGACACCAUACUUCUACUUCAUUCCCCGCGCUGCACUCUCUUCGGUCAUCGUCUGUGCUGUUCUACAAAUGGUCAAUUAUGAGAUUAUCAAAAAACUAUGGAAAAGUAGCCGUAUGGACCUGAUUCCACUGUUCGGCACUUUCCUAUGCUGUCUAUUCUUGGGCGUGGAGAUUGGCCUGGUCUGCGGUGUGGGUGUUGAUGCACUACUACUUCUGUAUUACCACUCACGACCACCUCUAGACGUGCAGUAUAUUGAUGACGGCGUCCUUCCACCUCACUACGCAAUCCGUCCCGUAGGAGGUUUACACUUCGCGGGCGCGGAGAGAGUUCGCCAAAAACUAUUUAUGCUGCAACAUAACAAGCCUGCCGUUAUCCCGGUCACUACGAUACACACCAUGAGCAAUGGUACUGACAGUGAAGCAGCUAGGAAUAGUCAGAGAAACCUUCCUACUGCGAAUGGUACAAGCAGUAAUGGUACAGCUUCAGUCAUCAAAAGACAUGACGUCGAAGCGAAUGGUGUUAGAACUACAGAACUGUUGGUCAUAUACUGUGAUUCGUUAUACAAGCUGGACUACACUUUCUUACAGAGUAUGAAAAUGUUGGUUCAAGACUGGUCACGCGUUGGUCGAGUAAUUUGGUGUAACGCCCGGCCAGCGGUCAAAGAACAACUGACAGAAGUGCUGCCUGAACCUAUAUUCUGUGACAGCAACCAGUUGAAACCGUUCCUCAAAGGUACGACGGAGGAAUCACAAACCAUGAGUAACGAUACUACAGCGUUUUAGUUUUUAAUGUUUAGCAUUAAGGAAUCUUUCAUGUGUUUUUAUACAAUCUUUGGACACUAGCCAUUUUAUAGAGGAACAAAUUGUAUGAAUUCUAUGCGCUCAAAUAGUAAAAUAUUUUGAUCGACCAGAAGACCUAGUGCAAGUUUCUUUUACGUUAACGCGUUCCAAACGUUACUACGUGUGUAGCUUUCUGAUUGGUCAGUUAACUUGCAGGCAGCCAAUUAGAGCGUUGUAAACGUGUCGUUAGCGUUAAACUUAUAACAAACUCGCGCUAGACUCUCUGCAGGGUUUAGGUGUGUCAGUGUAAGCAAUAUCUUAGAUAUUAUAUUAAAUAGCAAUAUUAGAUACACAAAUACAAAUAAACUAAUUUUACUUAAUAAAUGGUUUUAUACAAUGGUAGUGUCUUCCGCUGGACGGAAAAUUCGUAGACUUACAAAUAAAUUUAAUUUACGUAUAGAUAUUUUAUUUAUGUAUAGAUCUUGUUGUGAUAAUUAGUUUACUAAAAAUAACGCAAUAUUAUAAAUGUUUAAUUAGAAGUAUGAGAAAUGGAUCAAUGAACAAAACAUCUCCGUCCUACUUUUGAAUAAAUAUAUUGAUAGUCAGUUUCAGUGAACUAUCUACCUACAUAAAUAGUAUACCAACUGUGAUUAAUUUUACCAUUUAGAUUUAGCUCUUAAUAUAAUAGGUGUAAGGUGCAUUGUUCAGUUACCUGACGAGUAUUAAGCCAAGGGUACACUAGGGGAGAAAUGUCCUGCGACACGUGUAGACUUGGUCUUAAUCUGGAGUCAGUUAACUCUUAUGUAUUGUAAAUACUGUAUAUACAUUUAUGUUUAUGAUGAUUAUUGUAUAUAUUGAAGUUUUUAUAAGCUAAUAAAAUUAUUUCAAUAUUAAA